AUGUCCAUCGGGAGAGUGUACCGCAGACCUUUCUUACCCCCUCAUGGAACUUCCGAUCCCGCAAAUGAGGACACUUUAACGAAGCCUGGCUCGAUAAAGGGCUCUACCUUUCCUAUUCUUUCCCCUGAACAAGAACUAUCGUCCUGCCAUAUAGCAUUUCUAGCUGAAAACUCAUUUCUUUUUCGUCGAAAACCAGCUCUGAUAGUUUCCCCAAAGGAUCGAUCUGGUAUUCCACCGGUCUUACCGAAUUGGGUUCGGAAAUGCGUAUCUACCAGAGGAAAGAGGUCAAGCGGGUUUUACCAUCGGUCCUGGAGUCGGGUUGGCGAGUGGAGUUCGGAUUACGAGUUGGGUUGUAGAAUAGAUACGAUACCAGAACGGGUGAGGGCCGAGAAAAAUAGCAUCUUUUGCACGUGCGGUUGGGAGGGAAAGGAAGACGCGAUUUCUCUCGUAGGAAAGUCAGUAGUUGGUCUUGCCGUUGGGAAGCUCCAAAGGAAAAGGUCAGGAGGUUCCUUCCUUGCGCGCGAUAAGAUAAGAGAAAUUGUUUUCGCUUUCAGUCAAGAGAUUGUUAUUCGUAUUGCAUUGUUGGGAACUCGGAAAGGGAGUAGCCAGAAACAGGUCAAGGGAUCGGGAAAGUCAGUGCGUGGUACCUCGUUCGGAAGCUGUCAAGUGGAUCUUCUUUCUUAUUUCCAAGUCUUCCGGAUUCCCCGCUUGCUGGCGUUUCGGGUACUCGUCUUUCGGGUGUUGUAUUCACGUCUCCACGUUCCGAUUGUUGUGAAUGGGUAUCCCGCCGUUCCGAGUCGUCGACUUUCCGAGUCUACGGGAGAACGGGGGAUCAAUAAGACUGGGAAACGCCUGAACUCCGGGUCGAUACCUACGGUGAAUCCCCUGAGUUCGCUGCGUGCAUGUUCCUCGGAUAUCCCUGAAAGAGUUCCCGAAGGUGGCAUCCUUUUCAGUAUUUCCGUUAGCAGCUAUCGACCUACUGAGCUACGCCUGCAGCCUACGGGAUGGGACAUGAGAGGAGGCAACGGAGCUAUCGACAUACCUAAUGAGCUACCGAACCAACUACCGAUGUUGCUAAUGAGCUACGCCGGCACGGACAAAGCAGGAAAGCAGGUAUGGCAAGAGGGAAGACAGGAUUCCGGCACCAGGCGAACCUACAGGAGAAGACUGAACUCCGGCUUAGGCCAACAUAUAAGCCGGAAUAAGCAAGUAAACCAGUAUUAUGGAUCGGAACUCGGAAACAACUAUCGGUAUCGGCGCGCAGCGAUAACACCCGUACUCGGAAUUACUGCUUACCCAACCUCUGGACUACGGAGGAACUACUGGGAAAGGGCUCUACCUUCUAUAGAAAGUAUUGUGCGCUCUCACGAAUGCGUGGAUGGCGCCUCUGUUUUGGAUACUAUAACCGAUCCGUUUUCUUGUUUCUGGGCCCAAAAAAUGCUAUAUUUUUGUAUAGGUAGUGGAAACAAAAUGCCAGUUCAAUGGAUCGAGAUGAAUAGAAAAAGGCAUGCUAUAUUUUAUCGGUAUAGCGAACGCGUUCUGAUUCACUUGGAUACUGCGCUGAACAAACCACAUCUUUCGUAG